AACGACGGACGCGAUUUACUCGUUCCUGCUCCAACUAAAACUAAAACUUAAAACCCAAAGCUACAUACGUAUACGUAAUACACGAGUGCCAGUGCGUGAACAAGAGACGUGGAGUAGUGAGUUUAAAUACUAAACGUUUAUACAGUUAUUUUAUUUUAAAUAAUUUAUUAUUUAUCACUCGUACCUCACUUUUGUGGAUGUACUUAAAAAUAUAAAUUUUCCAAGCGCGAUAUUUAAAAUAAAAGUUAAAAUUUAAAUUUAAAAUAAUAAUUAUUUUUGAAUUUGAAUAUAAGUGAUUUAGGUUUUUUAAAUUUAAAUCAAUUGAAAUAACAGCCGCGAAAUAAAUAGCGACUGACAUAUCACACGUUGGACUGAGACGACAUGCUUUGGGUGACGGGAGUAUCAGACAUUUACGGUAAAAAAAAUCGUAAUUGUAUAGAAGUUAACGCGCGAAUUACUGUUGAUUAAAUAAUAUUUUAAUUACAGGAAUUGUAGACAGACAGUGGAAAAUAUAUUAUCUGUUAAAUGUGUCCGAGAGGUUAAAACUACAGUAAUAAUAUAUAUGUAAAUAUAUAUAUAUAUAUAUUUGUGUUGUGUGGUUUUAUCAACACGCGGACUGUAUCAAACCUUAGAUUAGUUUUUUUCUUUUUUUUUUUUUUUAUUUUUUUUAUUUUUAUUUAUUUAUUUUAUCGCAACUUUUACGGAAAGUGAAAGGUAAAGGUGGAGUUGAAUCUAUACAUCAACGAUAGUAAAGUGAAGUGAUAGUUAUUAUAUAUAAAAGUAUAUAUAGAUAUAUAUACGUGCAUACAUAUUGAAAAGGAAACUGGAAUAAGUUUUAAAAACGUCAAGAUGCUGAAAUUUAUUCGUGGAAAAGGGCAGCAACCAACGGCGGAACGUCAAAAAUUGCAGAAGGAUCUUUUUGCAUUUAGAAAGACUGUUCAGCAUGGGUUUCCAAACAAGCCUACAGCCUUGGCUUGGGACCCGAGUCUCAGGCUGAUGAUCAUCGGCACAGCAUCUGGAGCUAUCAAAGUUUUUGGAAGACCUGGUGUCGAAUUUUAUGGACAACAUUCAACAGAAAGUGGCGAGAUUGCUGUUACUAAGAUUAUUCCUUUGCCAAAUGAGGGUCGAGUGGUAUCUCUGUGCGAUGACAAUUCAUUACAUCUCUGGGAAAUUAAUGAAAAUUCUCUUGUCGAGACCAAGUCACUAUCGCUGGAGGGUAAAUUGAAGAAGAUAUCUGCCAUGUGUCUUGAAUCAAGUGGCGACCAUCUGUUACUUGGUACUGAAGGUGGUAAUAUUUAUCUACUUGAUGUCAAGACCUUCACAAUGACUGACAAUAUUAUUUAUCAGGACGUUGUAAUGCAAAACGUUCCGGAAGAUUACAAAAAGAAUCCUGGCGCAGUUGAAGCCAUUGCCGAACAACCUGGACACCCAGACAGUAUCUUGAUUGGUUACAACCGAGGAUUGAUGGUACUGUGGAACAAAGCGACUCCAGGUGCUCAGCAGCUGAUGGGUUUGUUUUCCCGUGCACAGACAUUCAUCUCAGCGCAGCAGUUGGAGUCAGUUCACUGGGUAUCUGAGAAUAGAUUCGUUUCAUCUCACAAUGAUGGAUCCUAUGCAUUUUGGAGCCCUGGAAGUGAUGUUACUUCAGAGCCAACGACACUUUAUGGUCCAUUCCCGUGUAAAGCUGUUUCGAAAAUUCUUGUCUAUACCAUGUCAGACGAUGAUGAAAUUAUUUUAUUCUCCGGCGGGAUGCCACGUUCGAGUUUCGGAGAUCGACACACCAUAACGGCAAUGACAAAAACCAAGCAUGUCGUUUUCGACUUGACUUCCAAGGUAAUCGACUUUUUUGUAGUGACACCCAAGGUUGAUGAAGACAGCAAAGAUUUGUCAAACUCUCCGGAAGCAUUGAUUAUCCUGGCAGAAGAAGAAGUUAUUGCUAUUGAUCUUACCGAUCCUGAUUGGAGGAUGAUGGCCUUGCCUUAUCUCGUUUCUCUUCACGCCAGUGCUGUUACUUGCUCCCAACAUGUACCCAACAUUCCUUCUGAAUUAUGGGACUCAGUAAUAUCCGCUGGAAAAUCACAGACGGAACAUUUGUAUUCAAACAAAGAAUGGCCUAUUGAUGGUGGAAUAUUGCUCUGUAAAAAAUCACCAGAUGACGAUAAAACAAAAUCCCGUGAAUUUUUAUUGACCGGUCACGAAGACGGAACAAUAAGAUUUUGGGAUGCUUCUGACGUAGCGCUCACUCCCUUAUACAAAUACAAUUCAUCGCUAAUAUUCACUGGUGAACAUCUCGACGUACUCGAACAGUCUCAAGACGACGACGAUGAUGACGAUUGGCCGCCUUUCAGAAAAGUCGGUACAUUCGAUCCUUAUUCAGAUGACCCACGUCUCGCUGUUAAAAAAGUAAUGCUUUGUCCAUUAUCAUCAACGCUCAUAGUUGCCGGUACCGCUGGUCAUAUUAUCACUGCAAACAUAUCAUCCGAACAAAUAAGUAAAGAAAUAAAAGCUGUAACUAUGAAUAUUGUUAAUGAUCGCGAUGGUUUCGUAUGGAAAGGACACGAUCAUUUACCAGUUAGAACAGAGUCUGUUUCAUUUAGCGUUGGCUUUCAACCGCAGAGUUUAGUCCAACUUUAUCCACCCGCACAGGUAACAGCACUGGCUAUUCACACUGAGUGGGGACUUAUUGCUGCCGGUACUGCCCACGGUCUCGCAGUAUUUGAUUACAUAAGAGGUAAAUCAGUUACCGUUAAAUGUACACUAAAUCCCAAUGAUUUAUCUGGAUCGGGUGACACUCCAAUAUCUCGAAGAAAAUCAUUCAAAAAAUCAUUAAGAGAAUCAUUCAGGCGACUUAGGAAGGGUAGAUCGCAACGACGACCAAAUGCAAAUACAAGUCCCACGCGAAAUACCAUAACCGUUGAAAAAAAGAAAGAAAUAUCACCAGUGGCAGCAUCACCAAGUGGAGAUUUAUCUCCAAUAGAUAUAAAACCUGUUGAACGACAAGUAGAAGCUCGUCCAGUUGACGAUGCCUUGGGUUCAAUGGUCCGUAGUGUUUAUUUUGCUCGUAGUUUUAUAAUCAGCAUGCAAAAUACAACACCAACUCUUUGGGCAGGUACUAACAACGGUACUGUGUACGUAUUUACGUUGGGUAUUCCAGCUGGCGCGAGGCGUAACGAAGACGACGUAAAUUGCACGCUUGGUAAAGAGAUACAAUUGAAGCAUCGCGCUCCCGUGAUUGCAAUAACAAUACUUGAUGGUUCAAAUGUCCCAUUGCCGGAACCAUUUGAGGUGGAGAAGGGCGUGACUGCUGGACCGGACAUGACCGCACCUCAUCGAGUUGUCAUUGCCAGUGAAGAACAGUUUAAGAUAUUCAAUCUUCCAUCGCUGAAACCUUUUUGCAAAUACAAGCUCACUGCUCACGAAGGCUCGAGAGUACGCAAAACAGGUUUUGCCAAGUUCACGUGCCCUAUUGAACCCGCGGGUGUACACGAAGAAACUUGUCUUCUUUGUCUUACUAAUCUGGGUGAUUGUCUUGUUCUUGGAAUCCCGGAACUCAGAAGACAGAUAAAUGCUGCUGCAAUUAAACGUGAAGAUAUAAAUGGCAUUUCGUCAUUGACAUUUACUAAGGCUGGAGAAGCAUUAUAUCUUCAUUCGAGCUCGGAAUUACAGCGUAUAUCUGUGUCAGCGACUAAGGGAACGAGAGCACACUGUGCAUUAAAUUUACCACCAAAUGCACGUUCAGUACCAGAACCACCGACACCCACUGAAGAAGUACAAGAUGAGGUUACCGUUGAGUCGCCGCCUGAAAAAGAAACUGAGUCGCAGGAUAACGAAAGCGCGCCAGCACCGCGGAUUCUGGAAAAUGGUGUUGGAUCAACACAUAGCGGUGAAACGUCGAAAGAUUCAACGCUGAGACCAGGAGCUAGCAGCAGUGACGUAAACGGUGAAGAUGACCGCCAGGAUCGCAGUUCAAUUGGUGAUAUUACCAUUGACAGUGUUAAAGAUCAUUUACUUAACAGUUCACUUUUCAGAAACGCCACCUCCUCUGAGGAUCUUCAUAACCGAUUAGCCGGAUUAAAAAUGGAAGUUACGUCUCGUACAUCUGAAAUAUCGACACAAAAUCAAUCGUUGGUUGUUAAAACAACAACGGUAAUUUCACAGACUUCUAGCAACGGCACUGCCAAUGGUGACGUAGAAACGACUGAAAUGAAUGAAUCCCAACAAGUUAACAGCACUUCGAUAGAACGAGAAAUACGCAGUGGUACUGAAACAACAACAACGCAUGCUACCAUUACACUUCCACCAAAUGUUGAGAUUAGCGCAGCAGAUCUUGCUAAUUUGGAAACCGUUCAAACGACAACAAUAACAACCGAAAAGUCUAAAACACCAGUGACAAGAUCUGAAGAAGUCAGAUCAUAAAUAAAAUAUAAAUGCUUCCAAUUUAUAAAUGAACCAAUUAUUUCUUUUACAUAUUGUACAGUGCUUAUAUAUAUGCACACGUGACAGUAAAAUAAGCUGGACAAAAUCAACCCCGAACUGACAAGUGAACAAAAGUGUGUACACAUACGAUAGAUAGAAUUUAUACACCAAUAGAUUAUAUUUAAAAAAAAUAAAAAAGUACCCGUGUAAAAAAAAUCCUUCGAAAAGUUCCACAAAUAGAACUUUCAAACUCAAGGCAGAUUAGAACCCACGAGUGGAACUUUUGUAAUUUUGAUAGUAAAAAAAAAAUUAUCUAAAACUUUAUUUAUAUGAACGAAUUUUAAAUAAAAAAAAAUGUGUUUGGGAUAAAUUUCUCAAAAUGUAUUUUUACUCUGGUUCCAAAAAAGUUUAAAAAUCUCUAAUUCGGAAGUUUGAUUUCUGAUUUAAACUUUUUCGGAACGGGAGUAAAAAAAAUGCGUUUUCAAAAAUAUGCCUGAGUAAAAAAAAAAGUAUACAUAAUUAGAUGUGAAAAAUGACCCAAUAUAAGUACAUACAAUUAUAUAUAAUUUAUAGGGCCAGGAUUUUUGCUUUAAUUUAAAAAUAAUAAUCAAUAAAUAAUGGUGUAAAAUUUUUGAUAUUACGACAAAAAUAUUGGUCGUAUAAAGAAAUUUUUUUAACAAAAGUUGUAGGAAAUUUAAUUUUCUAAAAAAAAUGUCUCUUAUAAUUUUUUCUUAGAUCUAAUAAAAAAGCAGUAAUUUCAAAAUUAAGAUU